UACGAUGAGCUCAUGCCCAGCGAUUCCUGAGAUGGACCGAUUUCACGUCGAAGAAAGAGAAAUGAAGUAUAAUAGGCUGUUGAGGUACUUUAGUUGCUCCUUCUUUGUAUCUUAUGGGGUGAGCCUCUGUUUCCCACGAAGCUUUUAGGGCAACAUUGUCAUGCUUGGCUGAUAGCUUUCGCUUUUCCGGCGACGGAUCUGUUGGAUCUUAAUUUUCUCUGUGAUUUCGGAAUUGUUCACUUUUGCAAUGUUGCGUAUGUAUCGUCUGCUGAUGAGUUUUGUCAAUGCUGAAAAUGCGAGCUCCAGAGAAGCUGUAUUAUUCUUCUAUAAAUUCCGUCUUCUUUAGUUGAAACGCUAGAAAGUUUGCGAGGAAGUUAAAGUUUUUUUUGAUCCGGAAAGAUUGAGGGUUGCCGGAAAAAAGAUCGAAAGAAUUCACUGGUUUUGAAGCCUUUUUCUAAAGCUUGGCCUCACUGCAGUUUACGGAUUGAUUUUGUAGUGAAAAGAAAAAGGAACGAGAGUGCAAGAUAGAAACACUCGAGUCCUUUUUCCUUUUUUUUGGAACAAAUGGCUUGUGAGACGUCUUCCGUGUUGCAAAACUAAUAUGUACAUCUUGCCUUACUAUGCUUUGAUGCUGGUCGUGUUUUAGAGGGAAUCUUCUCUCUGAUUGGCUGUGAAAUGGCGUCUUGGGAUCAACUGGGAGAGCUCGCCAAUGUCGGCCAGCUUGUGGGAUUUGGGGCAACGCAAUUAAUUGGUAUGAUUGUGCAGGCUGCAGCCACUGCUCGGAUGCAUAAGAAGAACUGCCGGCAGUUUGCGAAGCACUUAAGACUAAUUGGUAAUCUAUUGGAGCAGCUGAAGCUCUCUGAGCUUAAAAAGUAUCCGGAGACAAGGGAGCCCCUUGAACAGCUUGAGGACGCUCUGCGAAGAUCCUAUAUUCUUGUGAGUAGUUGUCAGGAACGCAGCUAUCUCUAUCUUCUGGCCAUGGGCUGGAACAUCGUGUACCAAUUUAGGAAGGCCCAAAGUGAGAUCGAUCGCUAUUUGAAGAUCAUCCCCCUUAUUACUCUUGUUGAAAACGCCCGGGUUAGGGCUUUAUAUUUUUGCCUGAUUGGUCCAUUUAUUGUGCGGCCUACUUCAAAAACUAAAGUUAAACAAGAGAUGCAGGAAAGACUGGAGCACAUUGAUAGUGAUGACAGAGAAUAUACUUUUGAUGAUGAGGACAAGAAGGUGCAAGAUGUUAUAUUGAAUCCUGAUCCAUGUAGCAAUCAUAAAACGAUUCUCAAAAAGACUCUUUCUUGUUCAUACCCAAACUUGAGAUUUGAUGAGGCCCUUCAGAAGGAAAAUGAGAAACUUCAACUAGAACUUCAGAGAUCUCAAAGUAGCAUGGAUAUUGGGCAGUGUGAAGUCAUACAACAUCUGCUAGAUGUUACAGAAGCUGUUGCUAGUUCUUUAACAGAGAAAUGUGCACAUCACAAUAAUUCGAAAAAAGAACAAAGUAGUAAUCUGGAUGGAAGCGAUUAUCCAGGAUAUCCCUAUGAUGGAAGUUGUCCGUAUGACAGCAAUGCAGUGUCAAGAAGCCUAUCUACAGUAUCAUCAGGUCAUGAUUUGAUCUCUAGGAAAGGAUCACACAAAGAUGAUAAAUGGCAUUCGGAUUUACUUGGCUGCUGUUCAGAGCCUUAUUUGUGUUUCAAAACAUGCCUGUACCCUUGUGGAACCCUUUCAAGGAUUGCUUCAGCUGCAAAAAAUAGGCCCAUAACUGCAGCAGAUGCCUGUAAUGACCUAAUGGCUUAUUCAUUAGUUUUGUCGUGCUGCUGCUACACAUGUUGCAUCAGAAGGAAACUUCGCAAAGUUUUGAACAUCACGGGAGGGUUAUUUGAUGACUUCCUUUCACAUCUUAUGUGUUGCUGUUGUGCUCUUGUUCAAGAAUAUCGCGAAGUGGAGAUCCGAGGAGUUGAUGGUAUGCUAAUCAGAUAUUUUCAUUAACUGCAGGAAGAAGACAAAAAUAAGCCCACCAUCCUUUCAAUACAUGGAAUCCUGAGGUAACAUUUGUAAAGCAAAAGCUGUCUCAGCUUUUUUAUCAACUCUAAAUUAAGGUAUCCAACAGCUUUCUGUGGCCAUCAUUUAGAAGCCGCCUGUUCCUUUCAGUAUUUACAAGGUUGUACAUUUUAGAUGGUCCCUCUGUAUCAUCCAUUUUUUUUGUAGGGUAAAAAUAUAAAACCAUAAGCAUUGUGAGGUGGGAGUGUAAGACCAUAUGCAUUGUCAAUAUAUUAUAGAUGUAGACAUCCACUUAAACAACUCCAGUUUCUGUUUGCUUGCGGCAUGGAUUUCUUAAUUAACUCCUUUUAACCUAC